AGACGUCCACAGGGAGAUUUUUUUUUGAGCGCCAUGUGGAAGGCAGCCGUCUUGACUCUUUGUGUCUUGGUGGCAUUGGUCGACAGGGUGCGGCUCAAUGAAGCUCAUCCCUCUUUCUAUGGGAUGAAGCUGUGCGGCAGAGAGUUUAUACGCGCUGUCAUCUUUACCUGUGGGGGCUCCCGCUGGAGGAGGAGUGUGGGAGACUCUGCUCUUAUUGGAGACGAGGCGUUUGACCAAUGGAACGCAAAUCCUUUCCCCCAACUCGCCGGUGAGCAGGACGGUGCACCUUCCAACAUUUGGAAAGAACAGACAAUAGAUGUGGCGUCUGUGGCUGCGGAAUUUCGCCGCUCGGCUCGCUCGCCGAUUUCCGAGGAGGUCCUAGAGGCCCUACGAAGUGCAGACAGGAAAGGGCGCGACGUGGUGGUGGGCCUGUCUAAUGCUUGCUGCAAAUGGGGCUGUAGUAAGAGUGAAAUCAGCUCCCUAUGCUAAAAAACAUUGGCCUUUCUUGUGCAGGGCUCUAGAAUUUAGGUCAGGGGUCCUCAAUUAUAUUUGCCCAAGGGCCAGGAAUUAAAAAAAACAAAAACAAUUACAAUGUAAAUAUAUGUUGGUACAAAUAUAUAUAGUCUAUAAAAAUGUUCUGGGAUUUCACAGUUAAUUUCUGUACCAUAACCUUAUAUUUCACAGAAGCGAACUGUUAUUGCAUAGUAAAAGUCUGCAAUCUUAGUCCUCUGUAACAUCAUAACGCAUUCAUGUAAAUUCAAACAGAUUUGUCUCUUAAGGGGAUCUAUAGACUACCGUAUUUUUCGGAGUAUAAGUCGCACCGGAGUAUAAGUCGCACCUGCCGAAAAUGCAUAAUAAAGAAGGAAAAAAACAUAUAUAAGUCGCACUGGAGUAUAAGUCGCAUUUUUGGGGGAAUUGUAUUUGAUAAAACAACACCAAGAAUAGACAUUUGAAAGGCAAUUUAAAAUACAUAAAGAAUAGUGAACAACAGGCUGAAUAAGUGUACGAUAUAUGACGCAUAAAUAACCAACUGAGAACGUGCCUGGUAUGUUAACGUAACAUAUUAUGGUAAGAGUCAUUCAAAUAACUAUAACAUAUAGAACAUGCUAUACGUUUACCAAACAAUCUGUCACUCCUAAUCGCUAAAUCCCAUGAAAUCUUAUACGUCUAGUCUCUUACGUGAAUGAGCUAAAUAAUAUUAUUUGAUAUUUUACGGUAAUUUGUUCACACAUAAGUCGCUCCUGAGUAUAAGUCGCGCCCCCGGCCAAACUAUGAAAAAAACUGCGACUUAUAGUCCGAAAAAUACGGUACAUUGAAUUGAAUUAACGUGGACCCCGACUUAAACAAGUUGAAAAACUUAUUCGGGUGUUACCAUUUAGUGGUCAAUUGUACGGAAUAUGUACUGUACUGUGCAAUCUACUAAUAAAAGUUUCAAUCAAUCAAUCAAAUUGCACCCUUGUACGGUAUAUAGGGGUAUGCUGUUAAACUGAGAGAGUAAUUAACAAUUCAUUACAAUUGUGGCAUCACAGCAUGUCAUUUUAUUUUAAUUAACUAUGAAAUAAACAAACAGAUUGCCAUGUCAAAAGACAGCUUCAACAAAAUGAGUGUCAUAUUUAAAAAUACAAACAUCUCAAUUGACUCCAAACUCAGAGUCCUCAAAACGUAUGUAUGGUCUGUCCUACUUUACGGCGGCUGUGAAUGCUGGAGAUUAAACAAUCAGCAACUGAGAAAAUUAGAGGCAACUGAAAUGUGGUUUUGCAGAAAAAUACUCCGCAUAUCAUAGACUGAAAAUAAUAUUAAUUAGGUAUGGGUAAAGGCAAAAACAAGAAGAUCUCUAAUUGCAAAGAUUCGAAAUAGGCAGCUGAAAUUCCUCGGACAUAUUAGAAAAGACAGAUUAGAAAAACUGAUGUUGACAGGAAAAGUAGAAGGAAAGAAAGCUCCAGGUCGACAACGAAUAACAUAUAUCAACAGUCUAAGUAAGACAUGUUAUCAGAAAUAUUAAUAAUAUAGAACUCAUACAUAGAGCGGACGGCAAAGAAGACUGGAGAGCCCUGAUCAUGGAUGCCUGCAAACAGGCCUGAUACCCCAUGAUGAUGAUGAAACUAAAACUGUGAUGUUACAGCAUUUAGUUGUAACUUUAUUGUAAGAAUCGUAAAACCACAGCUCUGCAGUUAGAGUAAAUUGCUGUAAAUAUAUUUCCCAGUCAAUUACUGGAAAUGUUACAGUUUAGCCAGUAAUUUGCUGUGAAUUUUCAAUGACAUUUUUACAGUGUAAUAUUUGAUGAAAAACAGUAAUAUUUAUGUAUGUUACCAUUCACCCCGACUGGGAUUUGUACCAUGGCUUCCUUGCUAGUCUCUGUGUCACUCUUUUUCUGUAAAACUUUAUGUUUGUGAUGUCUGUUAGGCCGGUCUAUUGAGAACCUCUGAUCUAGUCAUACAUUGUGUGAAUAAAUGUGUGAAUUCUUGCCCAAAUGUGGUCAAUGUGGU